UCGCCUCGACGCUACCACCUCUCUCAGUCGCUUCUCGGUUUCCGGACACGGCGGACAGGCACUGGCAGAAAAUGCACUCCGCGACCGUGUGCAUCGCCUUCGUCCUGACGUGCACGAGCGGGUCGCUUGUCGCAGGUUUGCGAUAUAUCGAUCCGCAGCCGGGAAAUAACGGCGAUAUUGGUGACAAACGACUGGACCUGGCCGAGCCGUCGUGCGACGUGCUGCGGCUCAUGUGGAGGUACACGAAGAGGCAGAGCAGAGCCGUGACUAAAGCCACCAACGGAUACCCGAUGUACCCGUAUCCCAAUAUAUGGCAGCGUCCCGAGCUUCCUCCCGAUCGCGAUAUAUAUUCCAGGGGAUACACGCGAGCUGUUGCGCCUACACGACUGAAAUUCCGGGAAGAAUUGGAAGGGAGACACUCCGGACGACCGCGCAGCCGAGCCGCCGGAGGUGCGCCGAUCUACGGAAGGAUGGUGCAUAAAGCCCCGGCAGGUAGCAGAUGGCGAAACGCGAUGCGCGGACCGCGCAUAAAAGCCAUGGAGGAGCUGUCGCAAUACGGGAUCGUGAAUACGAAAUCGUAUUCGCCAAACAAUCAUCGCAUUACCAGCUUCCGCGUCGGCGGCGGUAUCUCGUCCCCAAAAUCGGUUCCUCAAGCCGGCAGUUUCGAUACACUGAAAAAUCUUAUCCAGGCCGAAAGGGCACGCGAAUUACAGGAGCAACAUUUAGCCGAAGAAAUGCAAGCGAAAAUUGACAAUUUAAAAGGAAAAGACCGGAUGAACGAAGAAGAACCGCGUAGACAACAAUCACGAAACCAAUACUUCAACCCAUUCUUAGAUCAUUCCAUGCCACCGAAGGUCAAUUACGAUUACAAUUCGCGACGUAUACCUAAUACCAGUCGAGCUUGGUCGAGGAGCGAUCCUAUCUCGCGAGAAUACAUACAGUCACCUUAGUAUGCUGCGAACUAUUACAAAGGAACGGUACAAAUCCGCAAACUGCCGCAUGCAUACUAGUGUUUAUGACUGCACGAUGCAACUGUAGCCAGUUGUGGCUAUUUCAGAACGAAGCUGCAAUUGCAAGAGUAAAUAACGCUCACUUCGAAGAUCACGUGCGUUCUGAAGAUCUGAAUAUCUGCACGAACUUUUAAAUCUUUGUGUCAACAAUAAGUAAGUGCAGACAAAAGUGCAUUUUAACCCAAUAUCGAUCCUUUAUCACGGAAGUUUUUCAGCGAGAAGCGAUGAUUCUUCAUCGCGCUAACAAUUUUAAAUCUGAGCAAAUUUUUGGGAAAGAGUAAUAAAUAUUGAAACGGAUUAAAUAACAUUUAUUGGGUUAAAAGCGCCAAAGUUAUUUUCCCUAAAUGUAUCAAAAUAUCGCAUGCAUAUUUCUAAUAUAAAUAGAAUUAAAAAUAUGCAUGAGGUAAUACAAUUUAUUUACAUAUCGGAUCGGACUUUGAUUGAAGAUAUGCAUGCAUUUUUUCGAUGCUUCCUAUAUUUGUGCAGUCCGAUGUUUCGCAACGACAUUGAAGCGAAUAAUUUGACAUAAUGUACAUUUUCAUUAAUUUUAUGAAUUUUAAGAUUUCUCCGCGUUUAAAGCUUUUGCAAAACAUUAAACAAGGAAGGAAAUUAAUAAAAUCGGAUUCCUUAAACUUAUACACAAUAAAGAUACAAUAUUUAAUAUUAGAUAAAUUUAGGACUUAUAAAGCAAAUCUUUUUGAUCACGUAAUGAUUUAAAAAAACUGCGCAUUUGAAAAUUGGAAAUAAAAUUUAAUAGUGUAAUCUCUUGAAACCUCAAAUACUUCAAAGAAAAUAUAAAUUUUUUGGUGGUCAUUUUUUUAUAAAGUGCAUUUUAUUUAAAUAAAUUUAAAUUUAACUUUAUAAAAAAUGGGACAUUUCCCAGAUUUGUUUCUCUGAAAAAUAGUUCUUUUAGCUUUUUUUAUUAAAAGGAUCUCUAAAAAUAUUAAAUCGGAUUUUUCCGUCAAAAGUAGAUACCAAAAAAAUGUCAAAUACUUCGCGAAAAUGCAAUUCAAUGCAGUUGCACGGAUUGGGUCACAUAUUGCAGCUUUCACGUGCAGAAUUUUAUUGCGGAGAAUAUCAUCUAAAUAUUAUAUCAGCGCUUAAUAUUAAUUAAACGAAUAUUAUGAACGUGAUAACAAUCACUCUAUUCAGUCUAAAUAUAAUAUAUUAUCACGUAUUUCAUAACGCUCCUGUUUAUACGCCGCUAAUUUAAUUUUUUCAAUGUCACACAUCCAUAUUGUCCAUUUUAACAAACUCUAAAGUUACAAAAAAUUGAAUCAUUGAAUAUAUAGAACAAAAGCAUACAAAUAACAAAUUUGAUUUUAUCGUAGUUCUGUUUUUUUUUCUAAACUGCUAUUUUGUUAUUCAUCAUUGCCUGAAAAAAUUUGCGUUGUAUAUUUCGAUACUCGAUUAAAAUAUGGCAAAAUAUUCUCAAAGAUACUUGCACGUGAAUGUUUGCAACUAUGUCAAAUAGAAAAUAUCGUAUCCUGGCUUCCUCCAACAUUUAAAAACUAAAUACUUGGACAAUAAAUUAGUAAGACUUAUAUCUCUAACAAAUUUUGACAUUGUACAUUAACUUAAUGUAAGAAACUCUAGUAUAUUCUCGAUAAUCCAUCAAAGUGCACCACGUUGUGCCAAUGUAUAUUGGAAAUGAAAGACAAUAAUUACUCUUAAGAAAAAGUUUGUGCGUACAAUACUUCUGUGUUCUUAAUAAAUUACACGCCUAUAUUGCGGUAAAAAAAACAAACAGAAAAAGAAGAAAAAGAUUAUUUCUGAUGUCUUAAAUAAAAAGAAUUAAGACGGAAUUAAGAUGAAGUUUUGUGAAAAUGAUUGCUAGUUGUACGUACAAGCAAUGUUACAUCUUGACCCUUAAAUGUUUAAAUGUUCAUCGUAAUAUAUACAUAAUGCGUAUAUGAAAAUCGAUAUAAAUGUACCGCUUGCUACUAUCUUAAACGCAAUAUCGAUAAAAAUUUAUUGUGCGCCUUUAAAUAUUUUAUUCCUAUCGAAGCUUAUUGUUAGUAAAGCCUAUUGAAAUAUUUAUUAAAUUUGCAAAGUUUUGUCACUCCUAAGUAACAACGCAGCAUUACAAUAACAAAUGCUGAUCAAACACUUAAGGGUUAAAGAGUGCAUUUUAAUGACAAUAAAUGUAAAAUUUCUUGCAAUUCUAUAAAAAAAAUUGAAAUCGCGUAGAACGACUAUUUGUGUGGCUUAUCUGUAGCUCAUGCUGAAGAAAUAAUCAGCUCUCAGCUUUUGUAGUUCGUACAAAAGACAUAUAAAUGCAAGAAAAAACUGAAUAUAUAAUUAUUAUACGUAUAAUAAUUUGAUAUUAAAUGACGUUCUGACCGAGAAAACUUUAUACUUGUAUAUUUGAAUACCACAUAUCUAUGUGCAAAUAUAUUAUCAUGCAUCUACACAUAUGCAAACACAAACACAUAUGCACAGAUAUAUCUGAUAAUUUAUUCUUUAAUUCCCAUAUACUGUCUUAAAGUUUUUGAUAAAUUUUAAUAAAUUUUCAUUGAUGAAAUAAUAGUAUUUUUAUUAUCUAUCAUAUUAUUAAGAUGUUAUGUGAAUUUUUACGACUAUAUUAUAAUAGUUAAUAAUAGACUUUAUGAUCCGUGUUAUAAUAGAUAUUCGCGUAAUUUAUAUUCCAUUGUUUCUUUUAAAAAUUUAACAACGUUAUUAAUUAAUUAAAUAGAAAAAUGUAAUUGAGAAGUUAAAAUUUUUAGCAAAUUUUGACUAAUUGUGAAAUGUAAAAUAUUUUUCCUCCUUUAAACAUUUAAUUUUUAAUAUAUUUA